AUGUCGCACCGAUCUUCCUCAAACAGUACCGCAUUGGCAGACGAUCUGCAUGACAUUAGUCCUAAAACAACGGCGCCAAUCCCCGAGCCCGCACACAGUACAAGCGCACCCAGUACAAGCGCCCCAUUCUCCGCAUCUUCAGAGAGUCCACAAGAUAGAACUAGGACACGACCUCACUCGUCACGCCAUGGCUCGCGCCUCAAGUUCAGAUCUCCUCGGCAAUCUGCUGAUAAUAAUGACCCUCCAGCCUCUCGAACCUCUACACCCAGACGACGUAUGACUAGAUCGAAUGCGUUUAAACCUAUAGAUCGCUUCGAAGAGUUUGAAAACCGGCCAGGGUGGAAGCCGGGUGCUGAACCAGGUGUUGAUCCUUUGAAGCCUGACGGUGGUCAAGAGACGGUACCCACCCUUCACGCAGAGUGCCAAAUCACGGUUGUCGACUUCUCUCAAGACGAGUUAAAGGUACAUGAGUUUGACAAUCAUCAACUCAUCGAAUUUAUCCAAAAGCCACAACCUGAUUGGGUAAAAUGUCGAUGGAUCAAUGUCAAUGGUCUGUCGUGGGACGUCAUUCAAGCCUUGGGUCAACAUAAAGACCUACAUAGGUUGUCAAUUGAGGAUGUCAUGAACCCAAGAAAUCGCACGAAAGCUGAUUGGUAUACUAAUCAUGCCUUCAUUGUUCUCACGUGCCAGAAGCUGGUCCGCAUAGUAGAGGAUGACAGCAGUGACGACAAGAGCAGCCUUGACGAAGAGAGUGAGAAGUCGGUAGGCAAGAAGGCUAGGCGAUGGUUCCGCAGGAAAUCGGAGAAUAGCACGAAAGAGGAGGAUACCGCGCUGGAGAGUGGCACAAAGCAGACGAUGACACCAAAUCAAAGCUUCACGUAUCAACCGACUAAUUUCUCCAAUGUGUUCAACCCGGACACGCUACGUACAUUGCAGAGAUAUCAUGCCUCGCCAAACUCUGCGCGAACAGAAUACAUGGAGAAGAACUCAGCUCUGGUCUCUAGAGGCGUAGCAGUCACUGCUGAGCAGGUUGCUAUGUUCAUAACAUCGGAUAACACGGUAAUUGCCUUCUUUGAGCAAUCGGCUGGUGAUGUAGAGAAACCUAUAUUGGCUCGGUUGGCAAUCCCAACUACAAUCCUAAGGCAAUCCUGCGAUGCAUCAAUGGUUGCACAGGCCAUCAUCGACGCAAUAAUCGACAUGGCUAUACCAGUUACCUCAUGUUAUAUGGAUGUUAUCGAGGAUCUAGAGCUCGACUUUUUUAUAAGCCCCAAGAUCACCGACUGCAAGUUCCUCUACAUCGUGAUUUCUGAAGUCAGCAAAUUAUACAAUCUCAUUAACCCAAUCCAAACGCUUAUCGGUGCGCUCCGCGACCACAAGACAAAGCUGAGCGAUACCGCCACAGCGAGGGAACUACAGAAUCCCAACGAAGGAGUCAUCAUCUCACCAAUGACUUGCACCUACUUGGGCGAUGUGUACGAUCACUGUUAUCUCAUUACGGAGGGUCUCAAUCAGAUCAAAGAGCUGGCUAAUCACAUGAUUAACCUCACCUUUAAUACUGUUUCGACCAACCAAAACGAGAGCAUGAAACAAUUGACUAUGGUUACCAUCAUAUUCCUGCCGUUAACAUUCUUGACUGGAUACUUCGGCCAGAACUUUGAGCACUUUGCGCCGAUAACAGGCGAUGUUUCGUACUUCUGGUGGAUUGCAAUUCCCGUCAUGGUAGCAACAAUUCUAAUCUUGAUGCGCCAUACUAUAUUUGCCUGGGUGGUUAGGAUCCGACAGCGAAACGACGUCAGGAGCAUCAGAAGGAAACAGGAACUCAAGAGGGCCCGGACACGUGCCUUGAUGAUAAAAAAAUCAAAAGAGAACAAUCAAUUUUGA